CAUGGUUCUAUACCGAAGAAAACUCGCAGGAUGGCCUUCGCUCAGUUAUUCCCAUAGUACCUCGAAAAGAUACUGUGUAUUCGAUGUUUAGUGCCUGGGAUACUGCUAUCCGGGGACGCUUAACGACACUUUAUGAGUCAUUCUCGGUGGAUGCCUGGAAUACGAGGAGUCGCCAAGAAGCAGCACAUUCAGCCUUUGUUCUUUUGUCCCAUCAACUCGUGAACGAAUUGGUGUCCAGCAUAGCAGGCAAUGACAACGGCUUCGUGGAGGAAUUUAUACAUAGAGCGAAAGUCAUUGCCCUAACACUUUUAAAUGUGGACAAAGAUUCGCCUAGAUACGCUCAUGCAGACGAGUGUGCGGAAAUAGAAGAUACUAUAAGGGAACUAUUGGAUGUAUAUCUGGAACAAACUACAUCUGAUUAUAUGCCUCCCGACAUUGAGUCUGCAAAUUCUAGUUGCUCUGACUUUGUAUCCCUCGCAUCGUUAUUGGAAUGUCUCCCCGAAGACGACACGAAUAAUUCCAUCACCGAAUCUCCAGCUAAUGCCGAGCGAAGCACAGUGGAGCACUGCACUCAAACUACGCACGUCGAUCCUGUCAAAUACAAUGGGCGUAUACGGCCGCGAAGAAGGCUUGAAGUCACGUUUAUUAAAGGGGUCGACGUUCUGUAAUUUUCUGGGUGCAGAUCCGAGGUACAACCAACACAAACGAUACCAAUUCUUACUGGCC